AUGUCUCAAGCUGAUAAUGCUGAGCUAAAAAGCAAAGAUGCACGUACAUUUGCCGUGAAUUUCGCUGAAGUGGGAAUAUGUCCAAAGAGUGGAGUACCGAUUCGACUCUGUUACCAAACCUUUGGUGAGCCCGCAGCCCCAAACGGCGCUGUUCUUCUUAUUAUGGGAUUAGCAUUAUCACAACAACUGUGGGAUGUAAAAUUUUGCAUGCGUUUAGCUUCAUGUGGUUACUACGUUAUCCGUUUUGACAAUCGAGAUAUUGGUAAGAGCACAAUUUUGGUAGGUAGAAAAGUUCUCCCUUCCGGAACUACUGAAAGUUCGGAUGAGGGUGAUAUUUGGGAAGAUAGCAACUUUUUAUCGCACAGCCCUCCAGAAGGAGGUGCUGAUGGAAGUAAAAGCUGUAUGUACAUUCAGUUGGCACACGCAGGCAUUGCAGCUAAUGGCCAUCGUAAGUUUCAGGAGGUGUAUUCCCUUGAGGAUAUGGCGAAGGAUAGCGUAGGGUUGUUAGAUGUAUUGAAGAUUUCUAGGGCUCACAUUGUUGGCAUGUGUAUGGGUGGGAUGAUCGCACAAAUUAUUGCUAUUCAAUACCCGAAUCGUGUUGAAAGUCUCUCUCUGAUUUCCACACACAGCAGCUCACCUUUAUUAUCAUCUCCAUCUCUGCGCGUGAUGAUCGGAGUCGCUACAUUUGCUAUCCGUUGCGUUCGAAAAGGCGUUGCAAUCCCAUUAUCAGAUUCUAUGGCGGAAAAGCAGGGGCGUAAGCCACUGACAUCAAGGGAAAAGGAUGACCUCGCACAGGUUCUUGCACAGUUUGUCACAUCCUUUGCUGGCGGCAAAGAAUCGGCAUUUCCUAUCGAUCACAAAGCGUUACUGCGGCAGACGCGCCGCAUUGUGCAUUGGAGCGAAGAUUUCAGCGGAUUCGCCCGUCAGUACGUUGCAAUGAUUAAGGCCCCAUGUCGCGUAUCUCAACUGAGAGGUCUUAGCGUUCCUUGUGUUGUUAUUCACGGGACAGAUGAUUUAUUAGUACCUUAUCGAAACGGAAAGAAGCUUGCCGAUGUCAUUCCUGGUUCGAAAUUAGUUGGUAUUGAAGGACUAGGACACAUACUGCACCCCCUCUCCCGCGAGCGAAUAAUCGGUGCCCUGGUGGAAAACAUGGGUCAAUCAACAAACGCUCUUUCCCGUAGUGGUGCCGUUGCGGCCAAACUUUGA